GCUGCACUGGCCAGGGGUUCCGGCUGCAUUUCCAUGAGCGCCGCCGGCAGCCGCGGAGCUGCAGGAACCGGGCUGGGGGCAAGCUGGCCCGCGGUCAACCACGCGCAGCUUUUAGGUUAAUUUGAAUAAGAGAUCUGACCCAAGCGACCCGGCUGUACAACUCUUCAAGGACAAUCUUUGCAGUAAAGAGGAAGAAGGGACAUAGCUCAAGAUGAAUGCCAUGCUAGAGACCCCCGAGCUCCCGGCCGUGUUUGAUGGGGUGAAGCUGGCGGCCGUGGCCGCCGUGUUGUACGUGAUCGUCCGCUGUUUGAAUCUGAAGAGCCCCACCGCCCCGCCUGACCUCUACUUCCAGGACUCGGGGCUCUCGCGCUUUCUGCUCAAGUCCUGUCCUCUUCUGACCAAAGAAUACAUUCCACCGUUGAUCUGGGGGAAAAGUGGACACAUCCAGACGGCCUUGUACGGGAAGAUGGGAAGGGUGAGGUCGCCACACCCCUACGGGCACCGCAAGUUCAUCACCAUGUCCGACGGAGCCACCUCGACCUUCGACCUCUUCGAGCCCUUGGCGGAGCACUGUGUUGGAGAUGACGUUACCAUGGUCAUCUGCCCGGGAAUCGCCAAUCACAGCGAGAAGCAGUACAUCCGCACCUUCGUGGACUAUGCCCAGAAAAACGGCUACCGGUGCGCCGUGCUCAACCACCUGGGCGCCUUGCCCAACAUUGAGCUGACCUCACCGCGCAUGUUCACCUACGGCUGCACCUGGGAGUUUGGAGCCAUGGUGAACUACAUCAAGAAGACGUAUCCCCAGACCCAGCUGGUGGUCGUGGGCUUCAGCCUGGGCGGUAACAUCGUGUGUAAAUACUUGGGGGAGACUCAGGCAAACCAAGAGAAGGUCCUGUGCUGCGUCAGCGUGUGCCAGGGGUACAGCGCUCUGAGGGCCCAGGAGACCUUCAUGCAGUGGGACCAGUGCCGACGCUUCUACAACUUCCUCAUGGCGGACAACAUGAAGAAGAUCAUCCUCUCGCACAGGCAAGCUCUUUUUGGAGACCAUGUUAAGAAACCCCAGAGCCUGGAGGACACGGACUUGAGCCGCCUCUACACAGCCACGUCCCUGAUGCAGAUUGAUGACAACGUGAUGAGGAAGUUCCACGGCUAUAACUCCCUGAAGGAAUAUUACGAGGAGGAGAGCUGCAUGCGGUACCUGCACCGGAUCUAUGUGCCUCUCAUGCUGGUUAACGCAGCUGAUGACCCCUUGGUGCACGAAAGCCUCCUAACCAUCCCCAAAUCGCUCUCAGAGAAACGGGAGAACGUCAUGUUUGUGCUGCCUCUGCACGGGGGCCACCUGGGCUUCUUUGAGGGCUCCGUGCUGUUCCCCGAGCCCCUGACGUGGAUGGAUAAGCUGGUGGUAGAGUACGCCAACGCCAUUUGCCAGUGGGAGCGGAACAAGUCCCAGUGCUCGGACACGGAGCAGAUGGAGGCCGAGCUGGAGUGAGGCCUCCCGGACUCCGGCGCGGUCCAGCCGCCUCCCCUGGAACCCGCGUCCCUCACCGACGGAUUCCGGUCCCCCAUCUCCCCGCGGUGACCUGGAUCUGACCUCACGCCAUCAGCGGGGACAACCCCCCCCCCCAGGCAUACCUGUGCCGGAGUAGGCUGCCGUCCCUGGAAGCUCCAGGCUAUUUUUAUGCUUAGUUACUGGUUUUCUCCAUUGCGUUGUUAUCCGUGGUGACAAGCGACAGGGUUCUCACCUCCUGUCCACUUUCAGCAUUUGAUUGCUUUUAAGCCAAUUACAUCUAGUUUCCCUAUUAAAAAUGUGUCUGAACAGCAGUUUUGCUUUGCCAAUCAAAAAGGCUUGUCCCCAAGAGCAGUGAAGGAUGUAUGCUAUUUUGUGGUGGUCGUGUGUGUCCUUACGUAGACCCUGGUGAGCCCUCGCCCAACGAGCCGAUGCCUAAGAGGCCGGUCCGCUUGGGGGCGUCAGCACCUGGGCCUCCUGCCACGGCCGUGUGGCUCCUCCUCACGUGGCCUAGAAAGUUCCGUAGAGUCAGGGGCCAGGUUCCUCCCUACAAUCGUCUAAGUCUCCUCGUACCUUUGCCAACCAUGAGAGUUACCUGGGGCACUUGUUAAAAAUUCAGCCUCCCAGGCCCCUCCCCUGGGAGAGGCCGAUUCAGUGGGUCUGGGAAGGGGUCUGGAGAUUUUCAUUUUUUACAAGUGCCCCCCCCCGCCCCGUGAUCCUCAUCACCGGGCAAAUUCGGGAAACACUGUUCUGCUGCAGGGCCUUUCCAUGAGAAGCAUCUGGGUAGCUCAUUUUAUGGAAACGUGGAGGUAGACAGGUCUCUUAGCUCCCAGGGGCCUCCCGAGCAGCAGCCCCUGUUCCGUCUAGCUGCCCUGGAGUGGCCGCCGCAGGGUGAUGUCUCUGGAGACGGCCCAGUGGGGAGGGAAGAGUUUGGGUAACGCCGGACUCUGCUUUUCCCUGGCUGUAUGACCCUGGACAGGUGUCUCUGAACUUUCGUUCCUUCACCAAACGGGGGACUUGGGCCAGGUGGAUGGCCGAGCCCACAGCCAUUUCGAAAGAUCUAUAACAAACUCAGCUUACUGAGGUUCAAGAGACCAUCCCUCCAGGGAAGCCUGGGAGUAACUCUCCUGUCUACACCUGUGGAUGUCAUCAUUUGCCUUUUUUUUUUCCAUGUCUCUCAUUUUCAUAGAAAGAGGUGUUUGGGGUUUUCUUUUGUUGUUGUUGUUGUUUUUAAACAUUCAAUGGUAAUUUUACUUUUUUAACCCAAGUCUUUCUAGCUCUGGCUUUUGAUAACCAAAUAAUUCGAAAGCUGGGUCUGAGUUUGGAGAAAGAUCUUUCCAGCCAUAAAGGGUGUUAUUUUGAAACCGGAUUUUUAAUUUAAUAGCCCAUAUUUAUAGUCUGUUGGAUAGAUCUUUCCAAAGUGUAUCUUUUCAAACGAAAAUGUUAUUUGAGGUUUCAAGUACUCCUUUCCUCCAGUCCUGCAGGACUUGGAUAUCUACAGCCCCUGCACUUUGAAAAAUCAGCAGUUGCUAUCUGGAACUAAACGGAACUACGAGUGAAAUUGCCUGGAUACACUUUUUUUUUUUUUUUUUUAAAUAUCCUUGCUUCAUCUCCUUUGCUCCAGGACAGAUAGGAUUAUAACUAGUGGGUCUGUGUGGAUGUUUCAGGGGUAAAAGGGAGCCACCUGAGGGCCUGGGGGGCACCCAUCGCGGCCGCAGGUGGAUGUGAUUGGGUGCCGGGCCACGUGACUAUGACGGUCGGUAUCCUGAAGUUGUUUUCUGACAAUCGCCAGAUCAUCCUAAUCAAUACCAUCGAGAACAGCCACCGUCUCAAAAGGUUGAGACUUUGUGGCCCCCAUCAUUGCUUUGUUGUAAUUUCUCAAACACACCAGUUUCGUCAUUGUGACUUUCCCGUGCCCCCAAAUGUUAUUUUCCUAGUGCAUUUUCUUUCCAUGUUUUUUUAGCACAAAUGGGCACUUUAUCAUCUACCCCCUCAAUUUGGAAGCUGGUCCCCUCCCCUCCCUUGCUUUUCCCUCCACCCAACAGCACAGCUGUAAUCUAGAAGAGUCUCCUGUUGCCAUGGACCAUUUGUGAAAGUAGGGAAACGAAGCAAUAAAUGAAUGAGCCCGAAGCACCGUCCCAGGAAGCAAGAGGGGCCUUUGCCAUUGCCUUAGGUCACAUCUCUCGACCUGUUCUAACAGAGCUGUGGCCAGGUACCAGCUCCAUCCAGGAAGAGAAAAGACAGUCCUGUUGUCGCUCCCCGGGGGGCGGGUGGGGGACCAGAAGUCCCUGGAGCCCAGUGGUGGUGGUGAUGAUGAUGCAGGAGAGGCCGGGCCUGGGGCCUGACCUUUGUCGCCCCACGACCGGAAUUUACCCCACAGGACUGUGGGGGCCGCUUCCCAGCUGAAAUCUUUCUAGUGUGUGACUCUGAAUGGCACUCACAUUCCAUUUUGGCUCACAUGAAAUCAACUGAAGUCCUUUGUUCCGGCUUCAGGCUCUCAGGCAUGGAAAUGAGAAUGUGACCAUGGCUUUCUUACAGGAAAAUUCUUGUUUGUCCCUGAAUGAGAGCCCAGAGGCAUUGAAUUGACCAGAGUUGCAGACCCGCUUCAUAAACAAGGGAGCAGCAUUUUAUAUGUAGGUCAGCUUUUUCCUUCCUCCAGCUUUCUUGGCUUUUCUUCCUGAAGUCAUUCAUUUCGGAUAAUGGGAGCGCUCUUCUUGCUCUGAAGGUCCUCUUUGGCCUAACACAAGGCCGAAUUUUCAAAGAGCGUUUGAAUAUUUUAAAAAUCGGAAUAAAGAUAGAAGUGGCCGUAGACCUAGACAACCCUAUCGAAUCCUGUCGCAGGGGUAACCAUUAAACACCAAGGAGGAAAAGCACCCACAUUGCCUCCAGCUGCGCUCCCUGCCUCUCUAAGACAAUUUGAAUGAGUGACAGGUCCCAGCCAAAUUAAGAUGAUCUAGAAAAUGCUGUCACAUCUCCUUGAUAGGUUUUGUUAGGAGGAAGUUUACCAGACUUCAGGAAAAACUCUUCUCUUCCCUGUGGCGAUUCUUGAGCAAAAGAAAGCAGGAGGCUGUUCGUUGCCACUAGAUUCUUUUAACCUCUCUGCAGCAUUAUACGCUUGCAGGGGACUUUGUGACGCGCUGUGGGAGGGGAAAUAUGCCCGAAAGAGGAGCGUUUCCUAUCUUUGACCCUGUGUUAGGGAGUCAGGGUCCAAGACACCUGGGUUCUCCUCCCAGCUGGCUCUAAUCCCCGUUGGACUGAGGGCAAUCCCUUCACCUCUCUGAGCCCCAGUGCCCUCACCUUAGACCAUCCGGAAGACCAUCUACUUACACAUCGUUUGCCUAAGCAUUUCCACCUGCCUUCUGCAGCCCUAGCAAGUGACCGCGGCUUCAUCAAGGCCCCAGCCUCAUCUUGGGGGGCCUUAGAGAGAGGGAGCCCCUGCAUCAAGCCUUUACCAGUGAACACCCUUGAUAUGACCCAAAACCCUGUGUCUUUCACUGGCUUCUCUUUAGAAUCCCCAUUGUCCUCUCAAUAUCCUUGCUGUCCCCCUUGUGACUGGGACAGGUGCCGACCAUCGGAACAAGGCGAAUGUCCCCCACCUUCCGUGGGACUCGGGCAGAGCACUGAGAUCCACAGUCCUGUUUCCCAGGGCAGAAAGCCUUCCUGCUCCGGCUUUCAUUCUGAAGCCACAGUCUUCAUUAAAGCCAAGCCUUCUGGGUAGCUGAGCCUGGAUGCCUGGCAUCUGAAUUGAGAGCUCCCUUUGUAACUGUGUGACUUGAGAAUCCCCUCUGCCGGCCCCCGAGAAACAAUGCGUGUGUUCUUGUUUGUGUUUGCCGGGCAAGCAGAUGUCUGAGAUGUGAGGGGCUUUUCUUUUCCUGUGCCAUCGAUCGUUAGAGCCCAAGUAAAGAUUCCCUGCAAUGUCACAUCCAAAGAACUCCGGGUUUUGCCCUCCAGGCGCUUCUCGCCACAGCAGCCCGAACAGCAUCAUCUGGCAUUCCCGGUGCCCAGAAAGUCUCCCCUUGCCCCUGGAGCCUCCUCUGGGGUUCCAGCGCUACUGUGGCACCGGAAUCCAAAUUCUUGUGCUGUGACAGCUGGGAGCAAAGCCACAGGAAAGCCAGAGUCUCUCUUCAUGUGGCCUGUGUGCUCCUCGCUAUGUCAGUCACCCCCAGCCCCGACAGUACGUGCGAUUCAGAACCGGCCGAAUGUCUCGUCCCCCGAUGCCUCUCUCCCUUCUGGGCCUCGCUCUGUUUCCAGAGCCACUUUGGAUUCCAUGGAGGCCUCAAAAAGCUGUGAAAUGUGGCCGGUCUGUGGCAUUUACAGGCUGAGCAGUGGAGGAAAAGGUUUUUUUCCCUCUGUUAUCUAAGCAGAAGGAAGGACCCCCUUCUUCAAAAGCUAGGAUUGCUUGUGCCAAACUGUACUCGGAGCUAAGGGAAGGGGAGCGGGUCCCUGCUGGCAGUGAGAACGGGAAGGCCAUCCAGAACAAACGAUGCUCCCUCUCGCCCCUCUCACUGCCCGCAGCCCGGGCACCCCCGCCCCCUCCCCAAGUGGCCCUGGGAAGCAGCAGGCUGCAGACUCUGGCUCGCCAGCCAUGCUUAGCCUCCCAGACAGUAGACAGCUGCCCCUUCUGGAAGAGUCAGCCUGCCCCGGCCCACCUGAACUGUUUCUCCUGGCAUGUAUGUGGAGAAAGCAUCUGUGUAUCUAUCGAACACGCUGGAAUCCAUUUCUAACCAGUGGGCAAAUCUGCCUUGACUCUGCUCGAUUAGCAAUGAAAUCGAGAACCUACCUUCUCCCCAUUCUGGUCCCCACUAGCCAAGAAAUCUGUUGCCAUAAACUGGGGACAGUCCACUUCUAGCGUCUACAGAGAGACCCUUCAUCUCCCAAGGCCUGCUUCUUCCCGACCACCCAUGUAGCGGACCCCCUCAGUCCCCGCGCCAGCCGCUUCUCUCCCAGACCGUUCCCGGGGACUUGGUCCAUCCCAGGGGUAGGACUUGGCUUUUGUCUGGCGUUUGUUUUGGCCUCUUCCUUUUUCCUAAAGCACAAGUCUGCGUAGAGUCCUAUCAGAUGCUCUCCACACCAGUCCCGGACGACCUGGGUCUCUCCCACUGCCUCAGGGAGACCUUCACUACACCUGAGCUCCUGACUUCUGUCACUACAGCUGCCUUAGCCACACCAGGGCCGGGGGGCGGCAUGGGGGGACGGUUCCAUCUCUCCAGUUCCCCGGUCGGACUCGCUCAGCCACGUUCUUCUGUUGGCAGAUCUGCUUCCAGAUUGAUUUUUGAGAACCAUCACUCACAUUCCUCAUUUUUGUUUUUUUGUUUGGUUUGGGUUGAUUUGGUUUAGUUUUCUGAAAUGUCCGACGCUGCCCUAAAAACCAUGUCUUUUUGAGUUUGUGUUCUGAAAGCCUCUGUGCCGCCGGAUUUUAGGGUGGGGAAUACAGGAUCCUCCAGCACAUGGGGCAUUCAAGAUUUGCAACUAGCAAUGCAAUUUUUUCUAAAUAUGAGGAUAUUUACCUUUAUUAAGAAAUUAUACUAAACAACGGUGUCCUUGAUCAUUUUCUGUUCUCAUAUGACUUUUGGCUCUAUUUUGAUUCUGUGUGGUGGUAAACGAAGAUCAUUACAAACAAGAACUGUAAUUUUGUUAUCUUUGAUUCAAUGGAAUUUCUUUACUUAAAUAAAAGGCUAAAAAUGUG